AUGUAUCGACACCUUAUUUCUUUUAAUCUUCUAAUUUUCUAUUCUUUUUCGUUGCCUGACCAAUUUCAGGUGAAUUGCCCUCUAAGUUGUCGUUGUAAUAAGACAGUUAUCGAAUGUCGAAAUAAUCGUUUUCAUGGGACGAAUUUUUUUUUACGAAUGCGUCCAGAGGCAUUUCCCGAUCUCGAUACGAUUAUUGUUACGGGUAAUUUACUUGGCGAUAUUGCCAAAUCGAAUUUAUUCGGUAUGAAUGUCACGCAUAAAAGUGUUUCACUUGUCAAUUUAUCCAACGAUCGUAUUCUUUCAUUUGAUCAUCAAACAUUUCAAGCUUUACCUGCACUCGAAUAUUUCUAUCUAAGCAACAACGACGUACAAUCUGUUGGAAUUGAUCCAUUUCGGUGGAACCAACGCUUACGGCUGUUGGAUUUAACAAAUAUGUUCUCAAGAACAGUAAACGAGAUGGAAAGGCCGAAACUACUUUCACGAUUAUUCGCUAAUUCUCAGCAUAAUUUCGUGGAUCUUCAAGAACUCAUUCUAAACGAUAAUUCACUUAUUUCAAUUGAAGAAAACACGUUUUGUCGUGUAAUCAUGAUUGGUUUAAUACGCUUACACCUAUCAGGUAAUAAAUUAAAAUCGUUUAUUUAUAACGAUGAGUGCUUAUCAUCGCUUGAACUUCUCGACUUAUCAAAUAAUCAUAUUACGUCGAUGCCAAUGCAAAUGUGGUUGGAUUUCCCGUCAUUAACAGCAGUUGAUAUUUCCACGAAUCCGUUAUACUGCGAUUGCGCACUAACAUCAUUUGUAUCGAAAAUCGCUGACAGUGGUUUUACACCGCUUAAUAAGGUAAAUUUUAUUGAGGAAGAAUUAUUCAAACUUUUGGUCAUUGAAACGAAACUAAGAGAAUUUAAGGGGAAAACAAUUUGCGAUGGACCGCCUUCACGAUAUGGCCAGAAUCCAUUCGAAGUCACCAACGUCAAUUGUUCGACCACCAAUUAUCGUUUCUUAUACUUUGCAAUUUUUAUAUUUGCACUGUUAGUUACUUUCAUCACUGUGCGCAUUUAUCGCAACAAAAUUAAGUUUAAUAUACCUUUUAUUGCGGGUUAUCAUAAACUUAAUGCUGGAGAAUCAACCGCUCCACAAUUUGUUUAA